AUCGGUUUUUUUAACCGAUGUCUAUAAGUGCCCUUUUUUCAUUAAUAGACAUCGAUUUUAAUAGCGGUUUUUAAAACCCAGUGCCUAUGAUAGUUUCCUUGUUCUAUCUACGACAUCGGAUAGUAAAAAUCCGUUGUUAAAAGUGGUGUUAAUGAACCAAAAUAAAAUAAUUUAAUUUUUCCACCAAUAUUUAGCCAAAAUUUGUAACACUUUACUCUUCCCUCCCAACCUAAACCUAUAUCGCACCUGUAUACCGUCGCGACGCCACCACUACUUUCCUCUUCGCCGCUGGAAUAUUUUAACAAAAUGUCUUUCUCUGGGUUUGUUCGCGACCUUUCUCUCUGCGCUUCUCACAGUUCUCAUGGGAGUGGUAGAGGCGGGCGACACCAGAUGCAACCCAAGCUCCCAGAUCUGGCUACUGGCACUAACCCUAGCAGCAUUCCCCCUCUCAAUGCCUCCUAGGGCUACCAGAUCUGUGCUUCUCACAGUUCUCUUGGUCAGAAUCACUAAGUUUAUGAAAUCAACUCUACGUGGUGGAGCAAUACUUGUGCUUGUUUGUGUUAUAUCUUCCUGCAAUUUUGUGUGAAGUGCUUGGUAUCCCCAAGUCGAUAUCUUUGAAAUCCUUUAGUAUUAUCCUUCUGUUAGGUUAGACCACCAAAGUGCAAAGGAGCAGAGAUGGGUUUGUAACGAGCUUGGCCUGAGGAUGAGUAUGCCACCGCAUCAGAAAAGGAUCCAAAGAUUUUGUUGACUACAUCUCAAGCAUCAAAGCUCUGUCCGUAAGUUUGACAUGAUUAUGCUAUUCAUUUUGGAAUUAAAAUUGGUGUUUCCCAACGCAGUGAGAAUGAACCGUGGUAGUCAGGUGAUCUCAGAAAUUAUUGAGUUUUGCCGAGCGCAUGAAUAUACAGAUGUUAUUUUUGUGCAUGAACAUCGUGGUGAGCCUGAUAAUUUGGUCAUUUGCCACUUGCCAUUUGGUCCAACUGCAUUCUUUGAGUUGCUGAAUGUGCUUGGUCAAAGGACUGCAAACAUCCUUAAACAUCUCUUUACUGUGCCUAAACCUGAAACUAAACGAAUAAUCACAUUUGCCAACAAGUCCGAUUACAUCUCAUUCAGUUUACAAAUCUCAAGUACUCCAGAGUUGAAAUUGAUGAAGUGCGGUUCGACUACUGAGAUCCAAUGGAUUAAGUCACUUUUGACAUAUCUGUUUCUUCCGAUUACCACGCCUGCUGUGCUGUUUACUGAUAAUUUGGGUGUCACAUAUCUUUCAGCUAAUCCUAUUUUUCACUCUCGGAUGAAAUAUCUGGCUAUUAAUUAUCACUUUGUUCGUGAUCUGGUACAAGCCUUUGAACUACGAGUUACUCAUAUUCCUGCUGAGGAUCAGUUGACUGAUGCACUUACAAAGUCACUUUCUCGACCUCGGUUGUUUGCUAUUUACAGCAAGAUUGAUGUCAUUUCUGAGACACCAUCUUGA